AUGGACACCUCAGGUGAAACAGAUCUAACCACCCUCCUCGCAUCUCUCGAUCCAAUCCUCGAUCCAGAGAUCUUCGUCUUCCUCAGCACCACCCAGCCCAUACACGCUCUGCCCCUCCAAUCCCUUCAACCACAAAUGCUAUUCCAGGAGGCUGAGGGUCUCACUAUCAUCACAUCAAAACACCUAGCGACAACCCAUGGCUUCGCGGACCAGGCCACGUUUCCCUGUCGGAAGAUAUCUUUGAAGGUGCACUCGAGCCUAGGGGCGGUGGGCCUGAUUGCGACAAUCGCGGCAAAGUUGAGGGAACGAGGGAUUAGUUCCAAUGUAGUCAGUGGUUUCUUUCAUGAUCAUAUAUUUGUGCCCGUGAGCCGGGAAGAUGAUGCUUUGGAAGCGCUUCGCCAGUUAGCAAGGGAGGCGAGGGGUGUGAGAUGA